CGAAUUAAAAAAAAUUUAAAUGAAAAAUGUUAUAAUUAGCUCAGGAUUUUAAACAUCUAUUGUAACAAGGAUGGAGUACGAAGAUUGUAAAUUAUUAAUAAGGAUGGGAGUCCCUAAGAAAAGAAUUCACAAAGCCGCCAUAGUAACUGAGAAUCUAUAUCAUUUUCACCUGUUUCCUAAACUUGGUAAAAACUACCAUGAGUUUAAAGAGUUUUCAUGUUAUAAAAUCGCAGAAGUUGAGGUUGACGGUGAGAUGAUACUUAUUGUCUAUCACGGGGUAUCUGGAACAGCAGCGUCUCCUAUAAUGAAGGAACUACUUGAAAUGGGUGUAAAAAUAGUUAUUAGAUGUGGAAUAUGUGGAGCAAACAACCCUUCGACUGUAAAAUCUGGAGACCUAUCUAUCACCUACGCCUCAGUGAGGGACGAUUCAAGUUCCCUUGCUGAAAUUGACGUAAAAUAUCCAGCUGUAGCGGAUUAUGACGUAAUAGAUUGCCUUGUAGAUACCUCUGAUGAAUUUGGUGUUAAGGCUUCACUUGGAAUAAAUUAUACCACAGAUUCAUACUAUAGGAAAACCUGCAAGGAAGACCACAUGUAUACGUACGGGAAACACAAUAUAACAGAUACAGAUGAGGCCGAAACAGCAACGAUAUUCGUUUUAUCUUCACUUUAUGGAGCAAAGGCAGGCGCAAUUAUGACAAUUGACGGGUUUCCUCUUCUGUGGUCGAGUGGAAAAUCAAAUUCAGGUAAAAAAGAAGUUGACAAAGGUAUCGAGAAUAUGAUGAGAAUAGGUCUAAAAGCCGCUUCAACUCUGAGCAAAAGAUUUUUUAACAAUUAAUAUAGUUUUACACAGUC